UUAUGUGGUAACCAAAGGCUUCGAAGCAGCUCACAGGUACGGCUGUGAUGUUCAACAGGAUGCUCUCUGUCCUGUUGUUUGCGGCGGCUUGUGUUGCCUGCCUGGCAAAACCCAAUGAGUACUACUCAUACUCUCCAGCCCUUGGAUCCGGUCGUGGAACUCCCUUCGUGACCUCAGGAGAAGGAAGCAUCACAGGCGUGAAAGUCUGGGAGCACCCUGGAAAUUACAUUGCUGGUUUCCAGUUGCGUUACGGCACCAGGUGGGACCGUCUAAUUGGUCGCGCUGUCCACGCCCCUCUGAGAUUGGAUCUAUUUGAAGGAGAGACAAUUACUCAGGUGUCUGGAAAAUACCACACAUCCCACUACAUCUAUCAGUUGAUUUUUGGGACAAGCAGAGGACGUUCUCUCAUCGCAGGCCAGCCAGUUCAGACGUCCUUCAACUUUUACCCCGAGCAUGAAGAGGCAGAGCUUCGGAUUUUGAGUGGGCGGUUCGAUGGCGGUGGGAUAGGAUCACUGGGAGCCCAUUGGGGGUUUGCCCCGGAGGGUUAUGGAAAUAGUACUUCCUAACCAAAUGCUUAAGAGUACGUCUGACUUUUGAGUUCUGAAGAUUUCCUAUUAAGCAGUAGAACACAAUAAGCAUAAUCAGAUCUUUGUGUGGUGUGAUUGGAAUCAAAACCGGGAUGAGUUAUAAGGUAGGUGUGUUUAGACCUCUUCACUUAUGUUGGUAGUAAUGGUUGAGGCUUCAUUCCUAUGUUGCAAACUAAAUCCUAACUACUAGUAAUUGUAUCUAUACGCUAGUCUCUAAAUUGAACUCAAGGCUUAUUAAAGUUACCAAAAGUUUGAUCAAAUAUUUUGUUGUCUUCAAGAAAUCCUGACGAUCGCAUCAACGAUCGAUCAUUCUCCCUGAACAUAUUGUACACCCCCAAAUUAAAACCAUCCCUGGCCGAACGGUGACCUUUGCCUUCAGGGGUCAAUCCUUGAUACAUGUGAGAUCUGCCUCAACACUUUAUUCUUUUAAAUCACGGCUCAAUUAAAUAUCCACAGAAGCUUGAGAUGUUAAAACUACUCAGGAAUUGUUGCUGACUUUUGUUUUGUGUUAAUGUCUGUCUGGUGUUUUUUUUAUGUCAUAUUAAAUGUCAUGUGUGGAAAAUCAAUAAAAUAAUAAUGGCAUCUCAAAAAUGUAAGGCUUAAA